AUGUGGUUGCGGUCGUAUGAAGAACCGGCCGGUUCGGCUAUCGGUGAAACUCCCUCGAAAAGCAACGAAAUAUUCUCCAACCCCGAGAAUAAAGGAGCGCCGAUAUCUGUAGGAUCAAAGGUCUCUGCUAAAUGUUUGGUACCAGUAUCGAGGAUUUGACAAAUCCUUUGUAUUUUUUUCCUUUCUGGCCUCUAGUUUUCGUCUCUCUCUUUCUUCCCUCCGGUGUCCGUUGAGGAAAAGUAUCUCAGAAAAAUAGUGCGCGUGACGCAAUUAACGUACGUAAGGCACGGCCCUUUUGAAGAAGCGACAAGGAGGACAGUUCGGUCGAUACAAAGUGAAAGGUGAAGCAGAGCAAAGGAUACGGAGGGGGAAUGGGAAGGGUACAGUAAAGACCCUGUCACCCGACUAUCAAUUCCACCCUACUUCCCCCGCGAAAGAAGAUGGGGUUGCCCAAGCCUCAGUUCCCGCGGUGUUGUCGCCAAAAUUGAUCUCUUUUGCUCACGGCGACCACCCAAUGCACGGCGGCUCCCACCCGUUAAAACGUAGACUGCCGGUGUCGUAA